AUGUUACGAGGGUCAUGUUUUGAGUAUUGGAAGGCCAAGGAGUGGGGUGCCAGUCAAGGCAUGGGUGGCAAAUUCGUACGAGGUCCGUGUGGGGCAUACCCGGACAUGGUACGAUGCAGCUAUACCUUUAUUAGGAUGAUGUCGGAUCCUCCAGGAAGUGCUUCGGAAAGUGUAGCUGCUAUUACGAUGAUCAGCAACAAUCCCGUGGAACAGCAUGCUUCAGCGUUCAAGAGCGAACCGCAGCAGCAAGUGCAACUUCCCAAGGAACAGCAGCAGCAGCAAACACAACUUGAAAUUGGUUCUUCUGGGCUCGGCAAGCCAUCCCAGGGCGAGCCGGACAUGCCCUGCCACGGCCGUCUAUCUCCAACAAAACAAAACGUCUCUGCUGCUGAACAGGCAGCAGACGAGGAGUUUGAAGCUCUUAUAUCUGCUCCAGUUCCUAUGGAGGACCCGGGUGCCAGCCGCCCCUCUCCAGCCUGCAAUUUCGUGCUUCCGCCUGUCAAGGAAACCGAGUUGCAACCACCAGAUGACCAGCAAUAUCAGUCACUCCAAGAUCCUCUUUCUCCGUCACAUAAAUAUUCCCGCGCAGGAGCCGUUCAACCCAACCCUUCCACAGCAGCUGUCAUGGACAUUGAAGCGCAGCAGCCUCCACCGCCGUCGCUGCUGCCACAAUCCCUUGUCCUGAACUUGGCCUUCACCGCACCUCUUGAAUCUUCCGAUAACGAUCCAAAUGUGGCCGUGGAAUACCCGGCCGAUGCUCCCAUGGUGGAGCCCCCGGCUGAGGACAUGACCGUGCAUGAUGCAGUGACAGCUGCGGCAGUGGCGGCGACAUCGUUUCCUGAACCCGCCGCCGCCGCUCUUGCGGCGUCACAGUUAGCGCCACCUCUAGCGGCGCCGCCGCACACAUGGCAAGGCGAGGAGAUAACCUUGGAGGAUUCCCUGGAGGAUGAGCUCUUGGACUCGGAUGCCGCUGGCGCAGCAGAGGCGGUAGGGGGCGACGUUGAUGGCAGUGAUGGCGCCGGCUGCGCCGGGGCCGGUCGGAGGCUGAAGCGGCUGCGUCGCACGCUGACGCCGCAGCCGCCGGUCCUACAGGCAUCUCUCGUCCAAACGCGCACGGCGGAGGUGCGUGGUACGGCAGCCGCCAACGGUGGCGCUGACGCCGCCGAUGAUCAGCCAACGGGAGCUGACGGCCGCGGCGGUGGUGUUCGGUCGGCCAAGGCAAUCCGGAAGCGCGUUGUUGUGCGCAGUGCAGUCGGUGACGAGUUUGAUGAUCUGUCACCGCCGCGGCCGUCGGCGGUAGGUGGCAACGGCGGUGGCGGCGUCGCGGCCGGUGCUGCUGCUGUGGCCGCGAAGGCGGGGGAGGAAGAGGAGGAGGAGGAAGUGGGCGAUGGGGGGGAGGAGGUGGAGGAGGAGGGGGCGGUGGACGGAGCAGCAACUAAGGACGAGGACCCGGAGGUUGUCAAGCAGCGCCUACUGCGGGAGGCCGCUUUACGCGACCGUAUCGGCGGCCGAGCCGAGGUGGACGCCCUGCCCGUGAAGCCCCUCAGUGAUGUCCUGAGCAGGAUCAUGGCGCGACAGAAGAGCCUGGUGGAGAGGACGCGGGCCAACGCUCCCGUCAAGGACGGCCAGGCCACGGCAGCAGCGCCGGCGGCGGCGGCGGCGGCGGCACUCCACCACCCCCCGGCGGCCCCCUCCUUCAACGUUCGCGCGCUCAUGCAGACACUCGUACAGAGCAAGCAGCAGUACCAGCCGCCGCCGCCUGCCGCCGCUGCCGCCGCCACCACUACGCAAUCCUUCCGAGGUGACGGCGCCGCCGCCACUGCUGCUACUGCCGCGACUGGCGGAUAUGGAAUGUACGGCACGGGAGAGGCUUCGCAAAUGGAUCUUGACUUGCGAUUGCACGGCAGUGAUAGCGCGGUGGAAGUUGGAUCCAAAUCCGGAACUGGAUCCGGAUUUGGGGUCGGAGAGGGUGCGGACGGAAGUCAGGAAAGAAGCGGCACCGCUGUCACCGCGAGUCUGGAUCUGGCCUUGGAUCUGGAUUUGGGUGACGAUGACGACUUAAUUGUGGAUCCGGACCUUGAUCCGGAACCGGAACCGGCGGUGGCGGCUGUCCCCAAUCCACCGCAGGCGGCAGGUGAUGAUGCAGACGGAAGAGAGGAGAAGGAAGAGGAGGAAGAAGAUGCGAACGAGGAAGAGGAGGAAGAAGAUGCGAACGAGGAAGGGGAGGAAGGGGAGGAGAGCGAGGAGGCGGCGAUGGCGGCAGCAAGCGGUGGUGGUGAGGAAGCAGAGGAGGAGGAAGAGGAUGAGGGGGCGGAAGACGAGGCUGGGGCUGCUGCCGAGGCGGAGGAGGAGGAAGAAGAAGAAGGAGGAGAGGAGGAGGAGGGCAUUGCGUACGACGUGGACGAAGAGUUUGACAGUACCGACGAAGAAGACGCUGUGGAACCCGAGGCCCUUCAUUUCGAGGAAGAGGAGGCCGACACUGCAGCAGGCAUUGCCGCCCUGGAUGAUCUGGAAGACGAGUACGACGGCGAGGAUCUGGACGAGGGGAUGUUGGCCUCCCUGCUAGGCACCGCCCGGGACAGCGCCGCAGAUGAGUCCCGCCGAGUGGAGCUGCACGCGCUGUGGGAGGCGGAACGUGACUCUGCUGCCGUACGGGAGCUCCUUGAGGCUGUACGGCGGGGAUUCAGACGGAAGAAAGCGCUUGGGGGUCUGGAUGACGACGAGGACAUGACGGACAAUGACGCUCGACGCCGCCGCGCGCAUCUCUUCGCGAGUACCGCCGGUGACGACGACGACGCGCCCAUCCGCGUAGCGCGAGGACACGGCCUGGAUCUGGAUCUAGCCCGCGAGGAAGACGAGGAGGUGGAUCUUGCUACCCAACAACGAGGAGAUGUGGAUGCUUUGCCGCCGCCGCUGCCAUCCGAGGCUGGAACGGGAUCCGGAUCCGGAUCUGGAACCGGAACUCAAGAGGGAAGCGGUGGCGGAGGGGUGCUGCCGCCUCCGGCGGCGCGUGUCGGUGCGCGUUUUCCGUUGAUGGGGGGUCGCGCUGCUGGGGCAGCGUCGGUUGGAUUUGGAUUUGGAUCCACCAGUAAUGGCGCCGGCGGGAUCUCCCGUGUUUUGGAUCCAGUGGAGGCGAAGCGGAUGUUGCGACGGCAGCAAUCUCAGGAAACAUCCCGGCCUCCGCAGGGUGACGUCAGCGCGGGCUGCAUCUCUCCAGGGAGCGCGCUGGAGCCCUCGCCAUUGCGCAGCAGCACCACCGCCGCCGCUGCCUCUGUACGGCACAGUGAUGAUGUGGUUGCCUUGUUGCAGCGUUCCGCCUCUGUCGCCGCCGCCGCCGCUCUAGUGGAGCCAGGGGUGGCGGCGGAGCCGGCGGGGCCGACGGUGGCCGCCGCCGGCACAGGCGCUGAUACAUCGAACUCCGCCGCAAUUCCGGAAAAGUCCCGGGAUCCCUCUGACACCGCCGCCGCCGCCGAAGGCGGCGGCAGUGGCAGUGCCGCCGCCUCUGCCUCCGCUGCUGCUUCAUCAUUCUCUGCACUGCGAUCUAUCAUCGCACGGCCUGCUCUUGGCAGCGGCGGUGGCGGCGGCAGCGGCGGCGGCGGCCUGAUGGGUUUGUUGGGUCUGUCGUCCGGCGGCCCGGCAGCUAUCGGCGGUGGUACCGGCGGAAGCGGCUCUGGGGCCCGACCUGGCGGUGGCGGCUUAGGAGGAGGGCCCGGCUCGGCUUUGGAUCUCAAGCGGAAGUUGGUGACUGGCGAUGUAGCAGCUAAUAACAAACGACGUGUGUAG